UGCUUAUAAAACCCAAUAAACUUCCAUCUUUUUGUACUUCAAGAUUUUCCACACUCGUUAAUAGUUCAUGCAUCAAGAAUAUACGAUAUACUUCAACAUAGUAGCAUGUGGGAAAACACAUACGAUGGUCAUCUUAGCCCCAACACGAGCCUAAAUUCUCAAGCCGACACAAUGCUAAUUGACAACCCUGACUACAAUUCUCAAGAAUCAUUAAAAUCUUCACAAGAUACAGAGAAAAGCGUAUCAUAUAAGUUGCAAAGACGAUUAGCACAAAAUCGCGAAGCUGCUAGAAAAAGUCGUUUGAAGAAAAAGGCAUAUGUUCAAGAAUUGGAAUCAGGACGACUAAAGUUAGCCAAAUUGGAGCAUGAAAUUGAAAAGGCUCGAAAACAGGCUGCAUACAUGGAUCUGUCGAAUACAAUUCAUGGUAUAUUACCUGGAAUUGUUGUGUUUGAGAAGAAAUAUGAUCAAUGGGUUGUUGAGCAACACAAAAAGGAGUCCGAACUUGCGACGAUCCUUCAAACCGAUGCAAGCGAUAUGGAGCUAAGAGUAUUUGUGGAUGGGAUAGUAAACCACUACCAAGUUCUUUUCCAGAUGAAAGCGGAUGCUGCGAAAACCGACACAUUUAACUUGUUGUACGGGUCAUGGAAAUCUCCGGUUGAGCGGUUAUUCCAAUGGCUAGGCGGGUUUCGACCAUCAGAAAUUUUAUAUAUACUAAUGCCGCGGUUUGAGCCACUAACGGAUACACAAGUUGUGAAUUUGUCGAGGCUAAGACACACUUGUCGACAAGCGGAAGAUGCAUUGACUCAAGGACUAGAUAAACUUGAGCAAACUUUGGCUCAAAGUGUCACUAUUAACAUAACGGAAGGUGGAAACUACGACACGCAUAUGAGUUCAAUGAUAGAGGUGGCCGAAUCACUCGAAAACUUCUUGAACCAGGCGGAUCACCUUCGACAUCAAACACUACAACAAAUGUCUCGGAUCUUGACUAUUCGUCAAGCUUCAAGAGGGUUGCUCGCACUGGGAGAAUACUUUCAACGUCUUCGUGUAUUAAAUUCACUUUGGUCAUCUCGUGCUUGUAUCAUUAGUAGCUAGUUAGUUUAAAGUAACUAUCGUGUUUUGAAAUUAGAUAGAAAGUGUGUAUGUAUGCGUGUAUUCAUAUAUAGAGAGUUGUAUAAUAAUACAUAUAAAAUAAUUUUAAGUUGAGAGUUAUGACUA